GGGGAGCACAGGUAUUUCAGCCGGGCGGGAUUAGCACGGAGGCAUUGUAAUAAAUCUGCGGUGCGUGGCUGCUCGCUAAUAGCCCUUCUACUAACAAUUCAGAAACAUUCGAACCAUCUUCCAUUAGUAUGGCACAGUGCCCAGGAGUGGCUGCUACAAUAACGAGUGACCCUGGUGUCUGCAAGUUCAGAAUAACCCUUUGUGGGAUGCCUGGAAGGGCAGCCCUCCAGCCUGGCUUUAACUGUGGGGCUUGCUCAGUGCUCCUCCUUGCUGCCAGGAAGUGGGGAAGAUGAAUUUCAGAGGCAGAGUGGGGAAUAAGCAAGAUGAGACUUCCAGACGAGCUGCUGAAAUUAAAGAGGAUUUGUAUAGUCAAGUAAAAAUGGGACCAUGUACAAAAGAAACAACUGCCGACUUGCUUAUAGGCAAUCUGAAUAGAUGUUCUCAGCCUCCAGAACUAGUGCUUGAAGAGCCGCCAACCAAAUACCAAAUCUCUCAGCCAGAUGUACACUCAGCACUUCCAGGAGAACCACUUGAGUUGCGCUGUCAAUUGAAAGACGCCGUCAUGAUCAGUUGGACUAAGGAUGGGGUCCCUUUGGGCCCCGACAAUAGGACAGUGAUUAUUGGGGAGUACUUACAAAUUAAAGAUGCUUCACCCAGAGAUUCGGGCCUCUAUGCUUGCACUGCUAUUAGGACCCUAGACAGUGAUACUCUGUACUUCAUUGUAAAUGUUACAGAUGCUCUUUCUUCUGGGGAUGAUGAAGAUGACAAUGAUGGGUCUGAGGACUUUGUGAAUGACAGCAACCAGAUGAGGGCGCCUUAUUGGACACACACAGACAAAAUGGAGAAAAGGUUACACGCAGUGCCAGCAGCAAACACUGUCAAGUUUCGUUGCCCAGCUAUGGGAAACCCAACACCAACCAUGAGAUGGCUGAAAAAUGGGAAAGAGUUUAAACAAGAACAUCGUAUUGGUGGCUAUAAGGUCCGCAACCAGCACUGGAGUCUCAUCAUGGAGAGCGUAGUCCCAUCUGACAAAGGAAAUUACACGUGCAUUGUGGAAAACCAGUAUGGCUCCAUCAACCACACUUACCAUCUCGAUGUUGUCGAGCGAUCACCGCACCGGCCCAUCCUCCAAGCUGGCCUUCCAGCAAAUGCCUCAGCUGUAGUCGGAGGCGAUGUCGAGUUUGUCUGCAAAGUCUACAGUGAUGCUCAACCCCACAUUCAGUGGAUAAAACACGUAGAGAAGAAUGGCAGUAAAUAUGGACCAGAUGGACUGCCUUACCUUCAGGUUUUAAAGGCUGCCGGUGUUAACACUACGGACAAAGAAAUUGAGGUUCUCUAUAUACGGAAUGUAACUUUUGAGGAUGCUGGGGAGUAUACAUGCUUGGCGGGUAAUUCUAUUGGGAUAUCCUUUCACACUGCAUGGUUGACAGUUCUGCCAGCUCCUGAAAAGGAAAAGGAAUAUCCAACAUCUCCAGACUACCUGGAAAUAGCAAUUUACUGCAUAGGGGUCUUCCUGAUUGCCUGCAUGGUGCUGACGGUCAUCCUGUGCCGCAUGAAGAACACCACCAAGAAGCCUGACUUCAGCAGCCAGCCCGCUGUCCACAAGCUGACAAAGCGAAUCCCUCUGCGCAGACAGGUGUCGGCUGACUCGAGCUCCUCCAUGAACUCCAACACGCCUCUGGUGAGGAUAACUACUCGCCUCUCCUCCACUGCUGAUGCCCCAAUGCUGGCAGGGGUCUCGGAAUAUGAACUACCAGAGGACCCAAAAUGGGAGUUUCCAAGAGAUAAGCUGACGCUGGGUAAACCCCUGGGGGAAGGUUGCUUUGGGCAAGUGGUGAUGGCCGAAGCGGUGGGGAUUGACAAAGACCGGCCCAAAGAAGCAGUGACUGUGGCAGUGAAGAUGCUGAAAGAUGAUGCUACAGAAAAGGAUCUAUCCGACCUGGUGUCAGAGAUGGAGAUGAUGAAGAUGAUUGGGAAACAUAAAAAUAUCAUCAAUCUUCUUGGAGCCUGUACCCAGGAUGGUCCACUGUAUGUGAUUGUAGAAUAUGCUUCCAAAGGAAACCUGCGUGAGUAUCUGCGAGCACGCCGGCCUCCUGGGAUGGAGUACUCCUUUGAUAUUAACAGGGUCCCAGAGGAACAGAUGACAUUCAAGGACUUGGUAUCUUGCACGUACCAGUUGGCAAGAGGCAUGGAGUACUUGGCUUCACAAAAAUGUAUCCACCGAGACCUAGCUGCAAGAAAUGUUUUGGUAACUGAAAAUAAUGUCAUGAAAAUAGCAGACUUCGGUUUAGCCAGAGACAUCAACAAUAUAGAUUAUUAUAAAAAGACUACUAAUGGACGGCUUCCAGUAAAGUGGAUGGCUCCAGAAGCUCUGUUUGACAGAGUUUACACACACCAAAGCGACGUAUGGUCGUUUGGUGUGCUAAUGUGGGAGAUCUUCACCUUAGGAGGAUCUCCCUACCCAGGAAUCCCAGUGGAGGAACUUUUUAAGCUGCUUAAAGAAGGGCACCGAAUGGAUAAACCUGCCAACUGCACCAAUGAACUCUAUAUGAUGAUGAGAGAUUGCUGGCAGGCUGUGCCUUCACAAAGACCAACUUUUAAACAGUUGGUAGAAGACUUGGAUCGGAUCCUUAUUCUCACAACUAAUGAGGAGUAUCUGGACCUCAGCGGACCUCUGGAGCAGUAUUCACCUAGCUACCCUGACACCAGGAGUUCGUGUUCUUCAGGUGAUGACUCUGUUUUUUCUCCUGAUCCAAUGCCUUAUGAACCUUGUCUUCCCAAGUACCAACACAUGAAUGGAAGCGUUAAAACAUGAAAAGAAGCAAGAACAUCAAGCUACCUACAGCAUACAAAACAACAUGGUUUCUCCAGGACCCUAAAGAUUCUGCUUGUACAUAUGAAAUAUGGGAGGAAAAAAAAAAAAAAAGAGGAAAAAAAAAAAAGAAAA